GAUAUAUCGAUGCGAUAAACGUUUGCAGUGGCUUUUUGUUGUUUAUUUCGUUGGCGUAAUUUUUGUUUUAAAAAUUAAUUAUUUUGGAUUAAAAGAUAAUGUCAGAUGACGAUGAUAUCCAGUACAUAAAGCGACAGCGUACCCUGCAUUAUGGCUCGCUGGAAGAAACAGAACGCAAGCGGCAAACUGGCGUGGCGUCUUCUGUUACCGGCACAACGCCGGCUGCAACAACAACUGCCGCCCAGCUGGAAGACAUUGAUUCUGACGAGGACUAUGAGGAGACUAACAAAAAGUCCAAUGCCACAAAAGUUGGCAUGCCACCGCCCACUGCAGCGUCGUUGGCCAACAAAAUUGACGAUGAUUACUUCGAUUUGGAGACCGAGAUGGAGCGCGACAAGGUGGCGUUGCUAGAGGAGUUCGAGCGAAAAAAACGAGCACGACAAAUAAAUGUAUCCACAGACGAUGCCGAGAUCAAAAACAAUUUGCGACAAUUAAACGAGCCAAUUUGCUAUUUCGGUGAGGGUCCAGCGGAACGACGUCGACGACUUAAGGAGCUGCUCGCCAGUUUGGGUGAAAACGCUAUCAAGCAGAAGCAGACCGAGGAGGAGGAGCGUAAGCUGCAACAACGUGAACAGGAAGCCACAUGGUAUCACGAGGGACCCGAAACACUGCGUGUGGCACGCCUUUGGCUCGCGGACUAUUCCCUGCCACGUGCUCGCGAUCGCCUUGAGCGCGCUAGGCAGGCAUUAGAAGUGCCCAGCGCGACGCGAGCCGGUCGUAUGGUGGAGAUGCAAAAGAAGCUACAGUCAUUGGCACCGCUCUGCUCCCAGGUGGGAGACACGCGGCCCGUAAGUAGUGCAGCCUUCAACGAGGACUCUUCGCUGCUGAUGACUGCCUCGUGGUCGGGCCUAUGUAAGCUCUGGAGUGUACCCAACUGCGAGUUGAAGCAAACGAUGCGGGGCCACGCCAGCUAUGUGGGUGGCGUAGCGCUCAGGCCUGGAGUAAAGCUGGAUGAAGAAAAUGUUGUGGCCAUGGCUUCGGGCGGCCACGAUGGCGCUGUCAAAUUGUGGGGGUUUGGCAACGAAGAAUCCAUUGCUGACAUAACUGGCCACAUGCCACAUCGCGUGUCCAAGGUAGCAUUCCACCCAUCGGGCCGCUUUCUUGCGACAGCCUGCUACGAUUCGUCUUGGCGUUUGUGGGAUCUGGAACAAAAGACAGAGGUCCUACAUCAGGAGGGACACGCUAAGCCGGUGCAUUGCCUCAGCUACCAGUCCGAUGGCAGUGUUCUGGUGACCGGCGGCUUGGAUGCCUUCGGCCGUGUCUGGGAUCUGCGCACGGGCCGUUGUAUCAUGUUCCUUGAGGGCCACUUGGGGGCUAUAUUCGGCGUAGACUUUUCGCCCAAUGGCUUUCAUAUAGCCACCGGCUCGCAGGACAACACCUGUAAAAUCUGGGACUUACGUCGUCGUCAGCCCGUUUACACCAUACCAGCGCACACAAAUCUCAUUUCGGAUGUUAAGUACCAGCAGGAUGGCGGUAGCUUCUUGGUUACCUGCUCCUACGAUUCGACCACAAAGAUCUGGUCUAACAAAACAUGGCAGCCGCUGAAGACACUGCAGGGGCACGACAAUAAGGUGAUUUCCGUUGAUGUCUCCCCCAAUUCGCAGUAUAUAGCGACAACAUCGUUCGAUCGCACCUUCAAGCUGUGGGCGCCAGAUAGUUGAUUUUCAUACACUCAUAUAAACAUCGGCUGCUUAUACAUCCGAUUUGUUAUAAGCUCAAUUUGUAUUUAACUGUUUUUCGUUGAAACACAAUAGCCCAAACGUUUUCUUUCAUAUUUCACAUUUCAGUUUUUAUAACACAAUUUGUUAUUUUAGUUAGGCGAAACAAUGCAUUUCGUACAUAUAAGACUUUU